AUGCCAGAGGGAGGCCUCGGGUCAAACCAGUUCCUGCUGGUCAAGGAAAGGGGGAGCAACGACUUCGUGGCUAUCCCCGUUGAGGAAUGGUACAACUUUCGACCAGAGACCGGCAGGCCUGGCCAAACGCUGGAGGCUGCAGAGGCUGCGAUGGCAGCAGCCAGGCAGCAGCACGAUCGCAUCAACCCCCGGUUCGUGGCAGCCCUGCAAGCCUCCGGCGCCGACGUGGACGCCCCCGCCCUGCCCUCUGGCGCUGAUCGUGAUGAGGAUGGCGCCGACUCUGACGAUGAGUGGAAGGGGAUCAAGGCCAGGGCGGCCUCCCACACCGCCCCACAAGCAGCAAGAAAGCCCCUGGGCAGUACGUCAGCUCAGCGGCAUGCAGGAGGAGGAGGCGAGGACGAGGGGCCAGACGACAAGGCCGAGGAUUGGGACCAUGAGGAUGAGGCGGCCGACGACGACCUCGACAUGGAGGCGGAUGAGGGGGAGGGCGGGGUGGAGGCCAGCCCUGUUCGAAGCCGGAGGCCAAUGAGCGACUCGGACGACGAGGGCGCGGCACGGCCAGAGGCCGUGCGGCGCACCAUCAAGAAGAUGAUGCGCGACACGGGGCUGCGAGAUUCAGACGCGGAGGACAGCGACCUGGACGACCUGGAUGACGAGGACGACAGCGAUGACGAGGACCUGGACGGCACGCCCAGCCUGGACAACCUGCCCGCAGCCACGCCGCCACCCGACGGCGGCGGUGGCGGCGGGGGGGGGAUGCCCGCAGCUGUCCGCCGCAGCGUGAGUCCGGCGCCACCCGGCGCGGCUGGCGGGGAGGCGGCGCCGAGCGCAGCGCCGCUUUCCGCGGGCCUCGCCGCCGCCGCCGCCAAGAGGCCACGGGUGGAGCCCGGCGCGGCAGCGAGCGGCGCGGUGACGGAGGAGGAGGUGCGCACGCUGCUUCAAGCCCGGGGACGAAUGCCUCUCAAGGAGAUUGUGGCUCACUUCAGGGCCAGGGCCACGGGGGACAACGCCAAGGCCUUCACCGCCCUCAUGCGGAGGGUGGUGAGACUGGACCCCACGCCCUCGCCGGAUGGCCAGAAAUACCUCAUCCUCGCUUAG